GAUUUUUGUUGUUUGGCGCCUUUUGGGGCCGGGCGGUUGAUCUGAUAAUAAAUUCAUCACUCAAUUAGUUAGUGAACAAACAAGUAAAUCUUAUUUAGUGAACGUUAAAACAUGGGUGACAAAGGAGACGGAGAAACGUUCGAUGAUGCGGUGGAGGAAAGAGUUAUCAACGAAGAAUAUAAGAUAUGGAAGAAGAACACCCCUUUUCUGUACGACUUGGUGAUGACCCAUGCUUUGGAGUGGCCCUCAUUGACUGCCCAGUGGUUGCCUGACGUUACCAGGCCUGAAGGGAAGGACUACUCGGUUCACAGAUUGAUCCUGGGCACACAUACAUCAGACGAACAGAACCACCUGCUGAUUGCUAGCGUCCAGCUGCCCAAUGAGGAUGCCCAGUUUGAUGCCAGUCACUAUGAUAAUGACAAGGGUGAAUUUGGAGGUUUUGGUUCUGUAUCCGGUAAGAUUGAUAUUGAAAUCAAGAUCAACCAUGAAGGUGAAGUGAACAGGGCACGAUACAUGCCCCAGAACCCUUGCGUCAUAGCAACAAAGACACCAUCGUCAGACGUUCUCGUCUUUGACUACACAAAGCACCCAUCCAAGCCAGAACCAUCAGGAGAAUGCCACCCGGAUCUUAGAUUACGAGGUCAUCAGAAAGAAGGUUACGGAUUAUCAUGGAACCCCAACCUGAAUGGCUACUUGCUCUCAGCUAGCGACGACCACACCAUCUGCCUGUGGGACAUCAACGCGACACCGAAGGAGGGCCGCGUGAUCGAGGCCAAGUCGGUGUUCACGGGCCACACGGCCGUGGUGGAGGACGUGGCCUGGCACCUGCUGCAUGAAUCGUUGUUCGGCUCCGUGGCGGACGACCAGAAGCUCAUGAUUUGGGACACGAGAUGCAACAACACAUCGAAGCCGUCUCACACGGUGGACGCGCACACGGCGGAGGUCAACUGCCUCAGCUUCAACCCCUACUCCGAGUUCAUCCUCGCCACCGGCAGCGCCGACAAGACCGUGGCGUUGUGGGACCUGAGGAACCUGAAGCUCAAGCUGCACUCGUUUGAGUCGCAUAAGGACGAGAUCUUCCAGGUGCAGUGGUCUCCCCACAAUGAGACCAUCCUGGCUAGCAGUGGCACAGAUAGGAGGUUGCACGUGUGGGACCUGUCGAAGAUCGGUGAGGAGCAGACGGCGGAGGACGCGGAGGACGGCCCGCCCGAGCUGCUGUUCAUCCACGGCGGCCACACCGCCAAGAUCUCCGACUUCUCCUGGAACCCCAACGAGCCCUGGGUCAUCUGCUCCGUCUCCGAGGACAAUAUCAUGCAGGUGUGGCAAAUGGCUGAAAACAUCUACAACGACGAAGAGCCGGAAACGCCGGCGUCAGAGUUGGAAUCGGGCGUCAACGUCAACCACGGUUAGCACGUCGCGCCACGCCACGCCACGCCGCGCCACGUCACGCCACGCCACACACUUACCGCGCGCCGCGUGAACUUACGUCUACCCUACAUGUUUCAGGUUCCACUAGUUUUGUUUUGUUCUUUCACUCGACCGUUAAGUCUCUGUCAUCAUCUGUUUUGAAGUUAACGGUAUAUUGAAAUGGGUAUACACACAUUUUAGAAAUUCAGCGUGAAGAAUACGGCAAUACGGCCACUUUGUGUUCUCUAAAUUACAUUACACAAAAGAUUAUAAAAUUAGAUCCUAAAUGCUGUGUAUACUUUUUCUCAAGGUGUUUUUGCCAGUAGAGACUCAUAAUAAUAUCAUGCGAGUGAUUUGCAUACAAUGAAAAAUAUUAAUGUAUCAAAAGUAUGUGUAGGCAAGUCACUGACUAUCUCUCUCUUAUUUGUAUUUUACUCGAAUCACUAAAUAAUCAAAUCAUCUUUAAAAUAUUGUUACCGAUCGCAAUAGGCGUUAUUAGAUAUUCAAAUGAACAGUCAUGCAAUAGCUCGAUAAUGUAGACAUGAUCACUAAUGCUUUAUCUAUUACAAUAGACAUGAUACAACAAUUUAAAGACUGCUAAAACUAGUAAUUCUGUGUUGACUUAACUAGUAAUUACAUUCGGCGUCGUUCGGCGGCGCGUGCGCAGAACAGCGAUGUGAACACGCGAAUUUAGCCAAUAAGUGGAUGUUAAUUUGAUGUUACGACAAUUAUUAUUACGUCUAAAACCCCCUCACUCUCCACAACACAUAUGCAACGACAAAAAGCUAUGCUAGCAAACUCAAAUUAACAAUAGGACUUGAUUGAAUGCUAUCCAUUUAUGUUCUAUUCACCAUGAUCUCACAGGCAUCAUGCAUAAAUUUAUUUUUGUAGUGUUCCAUUUUUGUAACUCAGGGGGUUGUAUUUUUACUUUUAGGGUAAAAAGUACUGUAAUUAUUAUAUUUAAAUUAGGUAAUAUCUGGUAUGUUCCUGACAACGGAUGAGUCGGACUUUGUCCAAAAAAGUGGUUUAUGUGCACCAGAAUCUCGGGGACAUUUUGUGAAAUACGUAUUUUGAUUCGAGAAAGCUUUAGAUAUUUUAUUUUUGUAUUUGAAAAGUGAGUUAGCCAAAAAUAUUCGUGCAUGUAAACCACUAAAAGAUGCUUUAUUUCUAAGGAUGCGGAACAAAAUAAUUGAAAAUUCUAAGUUGUGACUGUUCACUUACACCGUGAAAUGAAUUCCAUUUUAAUUUAUUGUAUCCCUUAUGGCACAAGAAGUGAAGAUUUUUCUGUUGGUAUUAUGGUAUUUUCGGUAAAACUGGUUGAUUCUGGAUUGUUCUGGAUUGAAAGCACCUCGUGGUUCCGUGGUCUUUUAUGUAGAAAACACGCAAGUGAUGUUGGAAGCCUAUAUCAAAGAGGCAUAAUAUGGCAAUAGUUGUCGCUUCCAACUUUGUUUGCAUGGUUUCUGAAUGAAUGUGCCUUCGAACUUGAGUUUCUUUCCAUCAUGUGUAAGGAUAUGCCUAGUCUGAGAUGACUGACCAAGGGUAUUUUAUAAAGCUAACUCAGAAAUGGAAUGUAAUUUUAAGCUCUGCUAAUUAUUAUUAUGAUUAAAAGUAUCGUAA